AUGUCAUUCUUUGGAGCCACAAUCACAAAAGACGAAAGCCUUGACCUCAUCCUCGAUGAAGGUAUGACUUUUAAUCUUACAAACGUUGUCAUUUCACGUGAAUCAAAGGGAACUGGUAAAUGUUGGUUGGUUGCUCAUUUGAUUGAAGAAGAUCCAGAGACUGGAAAUGAAGAAAUCAUCGAAAAGGUUACCAUUGCCACUUUGGUUGCCGACAAGAUCGAACAAGUAAAUGUCAACCUCGUUUUUGAUAGUUCUCUCCAAGCCUCUAUUAAAUUGGAAGGUGAUGAUAAGUGUCCAACUCAUAUCUGUGUCUCUGGUAUCAUGAUGGCCUCUGACGAUGAAGAUGAUAUGCCACAUUGCGACGAUGAAGACUGUGAACACCAAGACUGUGGUAUGUUUGGUGAAGAAGACAGUGAAGACAUGGAAGACAGUGACGACGACGACGACGAAGAUGAAGAUAUUCCAGCUUUAAAGGUCAACGGUAACAACAAGAAACCAACCGCUAAAAUCACUGAAAUUCCAGACAAGUCUGUUGCCAAGCCAAAGCAACCACAACAACAACCAUCAAAGAAGCAAGCUGCCAACCCUUCUGCUGCUGCCCCAAAGCAACCACAACAACAACAACAACAACAACCAAAGCAACAACAACAACAAAAGCCACAACAACAACAACCAAAGAGACCAAACGGAUCAGAGUCAAAGCAACAACAACCAAUCAAAAAAUCAAAAAACUAA